GAGCGCCCCGGGUGGCGGGAGCGGAACGCGGGCGGCGAGCUGGGGUGGGCCCCUUGCCCGCUGAUCUCCGGCAAGGGGCAGAAGUGAGCUGGCGGCAGUCUGCUCAUCUGUAAAAUGGGCCCAGAAGGCUGGGACGAGCUAGGUUGUGACAAGCCUCCAGCAGGAGGGAGCCACUCUCAGUGGUUCCAUUUUUGGCCUUGGGGCGAUCCUCGAGGGCACAGGGCUUCCCGUCUCUGGCCCCUCAGCCCUGGGAGUCAGGCUUCUGUCCAGAUCCAGUGGAUAUCGAGCAAGGCGGGCCCCAGCCAAGCCACCGGCCAUUUUCACAGGACAAAAGCCAGGCACGAGGGUCUGGGGUGCUGGUGGUUCACUAAGGGCUUCAAUGAGUGGCCACGGAGGUGGCCUGUCAGGGAGGAAGGAGCCCUUGCUGCUUAGGCCUUUGGGGGAGACUCGGCCCAAGAGCAGGGACUCAGGGCGUAAGGGGAGAGCAGGCUCCUACCUUAGAUACUGCGGAAGCCAGGCCGAGGAAGUGGCUGCACGCUGAGGCCCGGCUCUGCUUCUGUUUUACACUCGUGCCCCAAGCCCUUUUGUCUGAUUACAGACGUGGGCCUGCCAAAGGUACCUUUUCUGGUGGCCACCUUCUCUGGGGGACCUAUAGGGUAACCAAGUGGGCUUGGGCUGUGCUGGAGCAAAGAGGCUUCCUGGGAAGCCCGUUGGCCGCAUUUGGGGCCGGGAGGGAGCAGCGUCGCUCAGUGAGGGACUAGGCCCUCAGCCACUCUCCAUUCCCUCCUUUCACUCCUUGGCUCGGGUCUCUAGAGCUUCGGCCCCAAAAGGCUGGGUGUGAAAACCACCCAAGGCAGGCAGGACAGGUGGCCUCAGGCCACGGAGUGAGCUCUGGUUCCCAGCAGGAGGGGCGGGAGCCUCGCGGAGGGAGCAGGGGAACGACCCCAUUUGGCUCCCUUGCCACUGGAAGAGCCUCUCACAGCCCUGUGGAACCUUCUCGCGGGCAAGGGGAUACGUCUUUCCCACAGUCGCACCAUGGAGAACAUAAUGAAAUCCAACAUUGACAAGAAGUUCUCUGCGCACUACGAUGCUGUGGAGGCAGAGCUCAAGUCCAGCACCGUGGGUCUCGUGACCCUGAAUGACAUGAAGGCCAAGCAGGAGGCACUGGUGAAGGAGCGGGAGAAGCAACUGGCCAAGAAGGAGCAGUCGAAGGAGCUGCAGCUGAAGCUGGAGAAGCUGCGAGAGAAGGAGCGCAAGAAGGAGGCCAAGCGCAAGAUCUCCAGCCUGUCCUUCACCCUGGAGGAAGAAGAGGAGGCGGGCGAGGAGGAGGAAGCCGUGGCUGUGGAGGAGGAGGAGCUGGAAAGGGAAGAGGUCACCACGAAGAAGAGGAAGCUGGGGAAGAACCCAGACGUGGACACGAGCUUCUUGCCGGACCGCGACCGGGAGGAGGAGGAGAAUCGGCUGCGGGAAGAGCUGCGCCAGGAGUGGGAAGCCAAGCAGGAGAAGAUCAAGAGUGAGGAGAUUGAAAUCACCUUCAGUUACUGGGACGGCUCCGGGCACCGGCGCACGGUCAAGGUAGGCGGUGGGGGCCUGCGCCCUGCUCCCCUAGCCCCCGGGCCCCGCCGGUUUCGGAUUCGGUGGGAACGAGCUUUCCGGUGGCCCGUCUCCCCUUCUCAACUCCUCGGUCGGUCUCCUGCACGCCUCUUGCUGGCCACCGGUGCAGAUGAAAAAGGGCAACACGAUGCAGCAGUUCCUGCAGAAGGCGCUCGAGAUCCUGCGCAAGGACUUCAGUCUGCGGGGGUGGAGCAGCUCAUGUACAUCAAGGAGGACCUGAUCAUCCCCCACCACCACAGCUUCUACGACUUCAUCGUCACCAAGGCGCGAGGCAAGAGCGGGCCCCUCUUCAAUUUCGACGUGCAUGACGACGUGCGGCUGCUCAGCGACGCCACCGUGGAGAAGGACGAGUCGCACGCGGGCAAGGUGGUGCUGCGCAGCUGGUACGAGAAGAACAAGCACAUCUUCCCCGCCAGCCGCUGGGAGCCCUACGACCCCGAGAAGAAGUGGGACAAAUACACGAUCCGAUGAUCCGGGUCCUCAGCUCCGCCAGCUCCCCGCUCCCGAGACGUGACGGGGCUGGUCGCCCGCCGCCCGGCGCUGUCAUUUACCGCCUUUUUCUUCCGCGAUAAAGAAGCACCUGCGUCGAGAGUCGGGGCACCCGUGGCGUGUUUUGGUCCAAGAUUUUUAUCUUACCCCUUCUUACUGAGCUGAAAUUCACCUAACGUAACCUUGACCCUCUGACCGCCGGGAAGGGGUGGAGUCCGGGCCCUCUGCACGCUCACUGUCGUGAGGGGUCCCCAGAGCAGCCGCCGUGUCCAUCGGCCGCCUCUUCCCCAGCCCACUCUCCUUUCUGUGUGUGUGGAUUGACCUGUUCUGGAAGUUUCACGUAAACAGAAUCACACCACA